AUGUCUUUUAUGUCGAUAACCGGAGCCAUACUUACAAGCAUUGUGCUUUAUUUUGUAUAUACUAUUGCUCACUCUAGACAUGCGAUCAAACCACCGUUACCUCCAGGACCGAGGCCGAAGUUUUUAGUAGGAAAUCUGGCCGAUCUACCUAAGCCAGGGGAGCGAGAAUGGGAACACUGGCUAAAACACAAAGAUCUAUAUGGCGGAAUCAGCUCCAUCACAGUCUUGGGUCAAACUCUCGUUAUCAUUCAUGAUAUCCGCCUGGCCUAUGAGCUUAUGGAAAAGCGUUCCGCAAAGCAUUCAUGUAGACCGAAGCAAGUUUUUGCAGGUGAAUUGCUGGGAUGGAAUGACUCUCUUGGUCUUGCGACAUAUGGAAACCGAUUCAGAGCUAUUCGAAAAAACAUGGCCAAGGUAAUUGGAUCGCACGCUACUGCGUCUCAAUUUUAUCCGCUUCAAGAAUUGGAGGCUGGUCGCCUUCUAUUGCGAAUCUUGGACAGUCCGGAAAACCUAAAGGAACAUAUCCAAAGUGAUGCCAUCUCAGCCAUUCUGAAAAUCAUCUAUGGAUAUAAUGCCGAGGCUCAUCAACGAGACCCUCUAGUACGGUUGGCCAACGAGGUUAUGGAUGAGUUUGCUCAAGCCGGUGUCCCAGGCGCAUGGAUGGUCGACAUGAUUCCAGCUUUGAAACAUAUUCCAGACUGGUUCCCAGGAGCGGGUUUCAAACGGACUGCGCGAAGUUGGGCUGCUUCUUUAUGGGAGCUCUCCGAAAGACCCUUUGCGUUUGUCAGAUAUCAAAUGGAUACAGGUGUUGAGAAUCUGUCCUUCUUAUCUCAACUCUUGCAAAAACAGUCCAUUGCAAAUCCUAAUGACCGGUCGGUUGUUAAGUGGUCAGCGCUCUCUUUGGUCACGGCUGGAGCGGAUACGACACAGUCGUCCCUUAGGUGUUUCUUCUUAGCCAUGACUCUAUAUCCUGAAGUGCAAAGGAAAGCUCAGGAAGAAAUAGACAGGGUGGUGGGUUUUGAUCGACUACCAGAACUGAGCGAUCGCCCCAAUCUUCCCUAUAUCAAUGCAGUUGUUAAGGAAAUCUUCCGAUGGCAUCCUGUAGCGCCAAUGAGCUUGCCACACACAACAACUGAAGACGAUAUCAUUGACGGCUAUUUAAUACCUAAAGGCGCAUACAUAAUGCCUAGUAUUUGGUACUUUACCCAUGAUCCUUCGGUUUAUUCAGAUCCUAUGUCAUUCAAGCCAGAAAGACACCUAGCAGCAGAAGGCUAUCCUGCAGAACUUGACCCCGAAACGCUUGUUUUUGGCUUUGGUAGACGUAUCUGCCCUGGCCGUCUUCUAGCGAGUUCUUCAAUAUUCAUCAAUGUUGCACGAUCUCUAGCCGUCUUUAAAAUAACUAACCCUAUUGAAAACGGCGUAGAGGUGAAGCAAGUCGCGGAAUUCAUGCCAGGGGUUGUCAGUCAUCCAGCGCCGUACAAGCCAACGAUCAAGGCCCGCUCAGCAAAACAUGAGGCGCUUGUCAGGGAGAUAGAGCAAAAACAUCCAUGGCAGCAGGCAGAUUCCAAAAUUAUGCAGAAUGUCAGUUUUUAG